CCCUGAUAAAUCAUGGGCACGAUAAUAAUAACCGGAGCCAACGGCUCUGUCGCAAUCCCUGCCGUAGAGCAACUUCUGUCUCAACACCCCGACCACACGCUGGUCCUGACCGUCCGCAACGCAGCCAGCGAGGACCCGAACACACAAAGACUGCGCGAUGUCAUCUCGCAGCACGAAACAGCCAAAGCAUCGAUUCGCCAGCUCGACCUGGCCAGUCUUUCCUCGGUGCAUCAGUUCGCCGGCGAGAUCGCCUCCGAGAUCUCAGAGGGCAAACUCCCGCACCUCACCAGCAUCAUCUGCAACGCCUACUACUGGAACAUGGUGACCGAGGCCCAGCUGACGGAAGACGGGUACGAGAAGACAUUCCAAGUGAAUCACCUGGCGCAUGCGGUGCUUGCACUGCGUCUUCUGAGCCACUUCGGUCCCGACGGUGGUCGCAUCGUGCUGUUUAGCAGCGACACGCAUUUCCCCGGCCAAAGCCCGCUCGAGAAGUACCCGCCUGUCAUCCCGGACGACCUGGACUUGUUGGCCAAGCCGCCAAACUAUGAGAAUGCCGAUCCGAUGGGGCGCGGGUUCCAGAAUUAUUCCGUCUCGAAGCUGGCGAUCACCAUGUGGAUGUAUGCGAUCAAUCGGUAUCUCGAGAAGGACGAGGACCUCAAGAAUAUUACCGUGGUUGCUAUCAACCCGGGCAAUCUGACGGACUCGCGGGCUCUGCAGGUUAACACCCCUACGCAGGUCAAAAUCAUGUCGAGCUUCAUCAUCCGACCGUUCUCGUUUCUUCUGCGUCGCUUUAUGGAUCCGACUAUGCGUACUACUGGAGAGGCGGCCGCUGAUGUGGUUGGGCUAGCUAUUAAUACGAUCAGUCCUGGAGAGACUGGCUACUUUACCCUUUCUAAGAAGGACAAGAGCUCGACAGAUAGUUACAACGAAGACGUGCAGGACAAGCUGUGGAAGAAAACCUUGGAAUGGGGAAGCAUCACCAAGGAAAACAGCCCUCUCAAGGAGGCCUAGGUUUGUGGACGGACUCUGGGAAUGGUGAAUUCUGCUUAGAUUGUGAUGAUGACAGUUUCUUUCUUAUAAUGACGGUUGUAUACAUCUCAUUUAGAUAGUUAAUAUUCGAAAUUGAAAUCGUUCAUUCCCUACUUG